AUGCCUAGAAGAGUCGCCGAUUUUGGCGGUGAUAUACACGACAAGUUCAAAGAACAAAUAAGGAAAUCGUAUCGACUUGAACGAGUGAUUGUGCAACACGCAAAGUCGUCGGAGGUUAGUUGAAAUAUUGAUUGGGAUUUUUCAGGAGGGGUUUUGUAAUUACAAAAAAAAACAAAAACAAAAAAAUAAAAGUAAAAAUGGAAGUGCGCCCUGUUGAUAAAAAUUGCAUGUUUUGCACUCUUUCAAAAUAAGGAAAAGAUUUGUGUGUUUCGUCGUUGAUGUUUUAUUAUCAGACUAAAAGGGUGUGUUUAAUAUGAUCAAUGGUUUUCAGGGACCUAGAAAUGACCAUUUUGGGCUGUAAAUUUGGAUUUUUUAUGAUUUCUAGAGUAGGGGUUCAAUUCUUAGUAUGAGCAAUGUCUUUUUAUGAUGUUAUCUAUUUUUAUAAUAUGAGUAACGAGUUUUUGUUUGCAGGGCAACUACUAUUUGAUCGUCUUUCUGCCCAAAGAAAGAGAAAACAAACGUCGUUGGCGGUUUACGGCAAAAAUCCAGCAAAAUUUGCAAUACCAGCAAAAAUCGAACGUUAUCAGAACAGCCGAAAAAUCGGAAAGUGUGAAUAAGGACAAACGGACGUUGAGGGAGCCGGUGAUUAUUGAGGAUUUUGAUUAUCAUUUUAAUUGUGCCAGAUGGUUGUGUAGUAUUUUGAGUGAACACACAUUUGAAAUAAAGACUUUGGAAGUGAUGUUGGUGAGUUUGAAGGGAGAAAGAGUGAGCUAUGACGUGGAUUUUUUUGAGGUCCUGGGUGGAAUUUUCUUAAUGGGGCUAUUCAUGUUAUUUUUCAACGCUGAGAAAACGGGAGAAAAGCGGAGAAAACCUAUUCAGGUAGGCUGAGAAAAUACGAAAAAAGCGGAGAAAAUGUAUUUCCUCCGCAUUUCUCCUGUUUUCUCAACAUGCUGAGAAAAUACAUGAAUAGCCCCAUAAACGUCUUGAAUUUGAUCGUUUAGACCAGGAAGAAAAGGUUAAAAUCGAGCUAUUUAUGACGUGGCAUUUUUCAGCCGCCACGUUGUGUACUAUUGCAAAAUUUGAAAUGGCAAAUCACGGUGAAGCGAAUCGAAAUCACGGUGGACAACGAAGAACGCGAUCGGCUUUUAAUAAUUGGCUGGCUUGCGAAUUUUGAAAGAGGUAUGGUCAGAUCUGUACAAAUCACAUCGGAAAGUCUGCAAAUCCAGCUGAAGAUGAGCGAAUUUGUGAGUUUUCUAUCUGAAUUUUUUUCGCUGAAAACAAUUAUGAUUUUGCAGCUGAAAAGUGUGCAUACUGUUGAAAUUAUCGGGAAAAGCGAUAUCGAUUGGGAAUGGAUUAGAAAUACGAAUACGGUGAAAUUCAGUCAUAUUCCGAGCGAUGAUUUUGUUUUGACGGAUGAUGAAAUUAAAAGGAUGUGUGAUGUGAGUUUGGGAUAGAUAUUGAAAAAACAGAAGUUUAACAUGAGCAAUGCUUGCUCUUGAAGCUUCCAAAAAUUUCACAAAAAUCUCAUUUUCUAUGAAUAUGAAUCGAGAUUUUGUAGCGUUUCAUCGAUCCAAACUGGAUGAGUCCUAACAUCAAAGGACAAGUUCUAAUUUUCAAUCAAGGAACCAUUGAAAGAGGUGAAGAAUUGAAAGAAUGGCUGAGAGAAAAACAUUCGGAACAUAAAUUGGGAGUCGACUAUUUUCAGCUGAGAAUCAAAGAUGGGCUGGGAAUCAGAGAUGA